UGAUAGGUGCCAGGGGGGCACCUGAGUGCUGGCCAAGGGCUGCCCAGCACUUUGAUGUCCACUCUGUGGGCUCUGCCCAGAUGUUCUCUGUGCAGCUCUGGCUGCUGCUUUGUCCCUCUAUCUGCUGCCAGGGCACUGGAAGAUCCUGCUGCAGUGGAGGGAGAGGCUUGCAGGGGUGGUGAGAGCCAUCUGGAGCCUACUGGCCUGGCAGGGGGAAGGUGUUGUGUGGCAGGGCAGCAGCAGAGUGCUGGGAAGGGCAGGAAACACUGAGCCUGUGUGCCUGGGUCUCAGUGACGAGUCUCUUCCUCUUUGCGUGCAGGGAGGUCAGAGAGGUGGCGGCUGCUCUUGGUUCCCAGCUGGUGCUUGUGGUGGGCUCUGGCUCCAGCUGUCAGCUGUGGGAGCUGAGCCUUGUCCCUCUUCACUGUGCAGCAAACAGGGAGAUGUCACCCUGCUGGCAUGCUUUUCCCUUAGGGUCAUGGCUGCAUUCCUGGGGCCCUUCACUGGAGUGGGAGUGUCGCUGCUGCCUCUGUUCUUGCCAGGUGCUCACUCCAACCUUUGAAGCCACUCAUGUCAGUGGUGUUCCCCUGAGCAGUGAAACACACUGUCCCUGCCUGCUGGGCUGUGUGGCUCCCUUUGGUGAGUGAGGAGCAAGGAAUGGGGUAGAAGACUUUGUGAAUCCCAUUGAUCUGCACCAUGGAAGCUGUAUGUUUGCAUCUGCCUGUCCAGGACCAGGGCCCUGUGAGGGGAAUUGAUCAAGCUGUAAAACCUAGAGCCAGCUAAUGAAAUAGGGACUAUAGAUUUUUAUUUUAAAUGAAAGAGAGUUUAGGAGAGAUUUAAUUAUCCUUGGUUUAUGGACCUGUUAGAGGAAUGAAAUAACAGCUGGCAGGUAAGGGUUGGGCUUCAUCUUGCAUCACUUUUCUCCCAGGUUGUCUGCAGAACUGCCCAAGUCCUGCCACCCAGGGUAGAGUAGGGAAUGAUGUAAAGUCACUUGGAGCAGAGUUAGACAGGGUGAAGUCCUGCUUAUCCUGCUGGGUGUCCCUGCUUCCUGCUGGGAGUACGUGUGCUGAAAUAGCUGAGGGGCUGGCCCUGGGCAGUUGGGGCUGGUGUAAGAACAGCUGUCCUUGGUCCCUGGGGCUUGGUGUGGGCCGGUCCUUGUGCUAAUGGACAGCAGAGAGUUCAGGAGCCCUGUACUCACUGGGUUGUCUCCCUGUAGGUGUCAUUAUCCAGGGGCUGUGGGCACUGAGCUCUCACCGACACUCGUGUACCUAUGCAGUGUGUGGAGUUUAUAAAGAAGAGCUGCAGAGCACUGGGAUUUGCUGGGCUCAGCUGUGUGUUGGACACAAGCUGUAACGCUGUCACUACAGCCACUCCUCCUGUGUGCAUCCACUCCACUGUCACGUGAGGCCGGCCUCGGGGCACGGCUCAGGAGGUGCUGGUGGCAGGCAGCACGGCGCUGGUUUUCGGCAGGAAAGCCUGGCUUCUCUGUGCUCUUGGAGGUUUCACCUCUUUAUUGAGGACCUGGGGCACAACAUUUUCACACAAAGAUGUUCCCCUUGGCUCCCUGCUUGGACCAGUCUGGAGAAGCAUGGUUUGUUACCUGCUGUGUGUGGGUAAUUGGUUGGCCAAGGGGUUUGCGUACCCACCUUGCAGGCACAGCCUGUAUGGUGCCAGUCUGAUAUGCACAGAGGCUGCUCAAACAUCCGAGGAAGGUGCUGGUGCUGGCGAGCUCUCCCAGAGCACUCCAACAGUGAUGCAGGAACUUGGGAGAGCCAAGCCGUGAGUCUAGUGGUCAUGGAGCUGCAUGAGGAUGUUGCGUGGCUCCCUGAGACAGGUCAGUUCCAGAGGGGAGCAGUGUGGAUCUGUGCUGUCAGCUCACAAGGGUAUUGGGAGAAGCCAGCCUGCUGACUGUCUGGGCAGCAGAGCUGCACCAUGGUGCUUAUCCUUUCCUCCACCCUUGCACCUGCAAGUCCUCAGCAUUUCAGGGCAGGAGCUGUUUCCUGGGGACACAAGCAGACCAUGGGUCCCAUGUCCAGUGUGGCAUGUCUGGGUUUUCUGGAAUGGCGUGAUUUGGGAGGACUCCACACUUUGCUCUGUGCAUGGUAGAGCGUGAGGUUGAGCAGUGUCCCCAACAAACAGCGCUCGUUGCUGGCCUUGGGAAUAUUAUUUUCUAGCUUCAGACUGGUCCCUAGAGACCUGCUCUCACUGGCUGCAGAGCUGUAGUUCUGGGUCUUCCGUGGUUACCCUGGAAAGUAUGAUUUUAGCUCAGCCAUGCAGAGCAGAGGACUGGUCUGCAGUACUGUGUGUUAGGAGCUUUCUCUCCCGUGAGCCUGUGUCUUGGUGAUCCAGGCCUCUGGCAUCUCUUGCUGUUGCCCCUGGGAAGGGAGGGCCCAUGUUCUGGUCCUUCUUCCCCCAAGCCCGGCAAUGCUGAGGCGCGGUUCCCUCCGGCAGGCUGUCUUUCCCCUGCUGUGCUGGUGGGGCUCCCUAGAUGUAUUUGCAUUUUGAGACAAGUGUCUUAGUUGGUUUUCUCUCCAUGCCUGUGCUUUGGGAGACUGGUGAACAAUAAAAAUCUGCCGUGGAGAGCUGUAGCAGAGGUCAGGCAGCUCCUGUGCCCCAGGCUGCUCUCUUGUCACCGCAGUUGUGCUUUGCGCACAGGGGCUGUCAGCUUGAAAGUCAUGUUUUUGCUCUUAAAACCAACCUCAGGCACUGGUUUGGGGUUCUCUGAGUGAUGUACGGGGACGUAUUGCAGCAAACCUCCUCUGCACUUAGGGUAGUGGUCACUCCCUGUUUUGGUGCAUCUUAUAAGCAGCCUCUCGGCAAAUUUUUAAUCAAGGACAAAGGAGGGUGAAUGGUUGUUGAAAAUCCUGAGUUUCUCUGAGCUCCUUUCUGAAAUUGAUUGUUGCAGGUUGUCCGUGUCCCUGCAGGCUUCUUAAAAUGCAAAACAAACCACCCAGCCCAACUUCCUUACUGUCACUAAUGCUUUCAAGAGACGCUUCGUUUUGCUGAGUGGUAACGAAACUGCUCUUCGCCAUCUACCAGCUCCUGGCUCUGCCUGUAUCCCUUUGCAGGAGCUGCUCUGACUGAGAGCAGGUGGGGAAGGUGUCUGGAGCCUGGCCCCUCCUACCCUCAGCCACUCACUUGGCAGAUGCCAUUUAACACUGUCCACUGCAUGUAGACAGCAGGCUGGACUCAGAGAGAUGCUUGUGGAGAAGUGGCAGAUGAGCUGGGGACUCCAGGGGUGCUGUGUGGAGAAGGAAAAGAAGGGUGAUCCCUCCACCCUGUGCUGGAUCUGUGUCAGGAGAGAUUGGGUCUGAUUUAGGAAAGGGCUGUUUGAAAUGAGAACUAAAAGUGAAGGGCAGAGGAGUAUGGAGUCCUGAAAAGCAGUGUCUCGUAGCAGGAAGGAAAGGAAGGACCAUGGAGGCAGCAGGCAGCAGGUUGGGGAGGGACAUGGUGGCAUUUGCUCUUUUCCUGCCACCCAUGUGCAGCUGAACUGUGGAAGUGGCUGCUGCAAGAUGCCUGGACAGAUAGAGGUGUGUGUAAUUCAGCAUGCUUCUGUUCAGGGGAGAAGAGGCCGCCCAGGAGAGAGGAGGAUACAACCCAUUCCUUGAUUCUGCUGAGCUACAGAGGUGGCCAAGCUGGGCUCAGUUGCUGCACCUGCAGCCUUCUGGUCAUGCUAUUUAGGUUGUGCUGGUGUUUCUAGGGCAAAGUGAAGGAAGGUGGAGAUCUCUGCAGAUUAUUUACCCUGUUCUAAGGAAAUGAAGGCUUGUUGCAAGCUUACUGUUUAUCUGUGUUCACUCUGCUUUGAACUUGCUGGAUGGUGUCAGUUGGGGUAGGUGUCAGGUGUGGAUGCUGCCUCUGAGGUCUUGGCUUGCUACAGGCUCUGGCUCUCGGGGAGGAAGGUGCUGCUAGUUCUCCCUCUGCAGUGCAGCUCAGCCAUGCUAUUAGACAUCAGAGAAUCCACGUGGGAGAGAUCGACAGGAAACUGGGCGUUAUCAGUUCCGCUGCCUGUGCAGCUACUCGCUCCUCAUGUCAGCAUCCUCCACGUGUGUGUGGCUGGAGGCGUUUGAUGGGAGUGCUGUCAGCCUGGGGGUGGGAGUGGGUGGCGUGUGAUCACGGCAGAGGCGUCCUGCCUCCACUGCCAGUGAACUCAGCUCCACUGGGUGUGUGGAGCAGGGAGGGAGCUCCUUGCUCCCCCAUCUCCACAGUGGAGAAGUGCUUCACCCUGCUGAUGUUGGGGUGUCCCAUGUCCUUCCGUGCUUGUGUUGGGCCUUGGAUAGGGUAGGGAUACUCCCACUGCUCCUCCCUCCCUACAGUCUGAGAGCUUCUGUGUUCUUGGUGCCAGUUUGUUCACACUUUUUUUCUAGGCCCUGGGGAGAAAAGAGUAGGAUCUGGGGCCUCUUUCUCUCCCUAGACUUGUGUGAGAGGCCCAGGAGAAUGUGGAGAUGAAGCACUGGCUUCAUGCUGAGUGUUGGGGAGAGCACAGGGCAGACCAACCCUCCAGUGGGAGAUGUGCUCUCACCACUGGAUCACCCUGGCUAAUCCUGUGUCAGACCUGACCUAUAUAUGGUGUGAGGGAGGUGGCAUGUCUGUGGCAGCAGAUGGUCUCUUCAAGAGCCUGGGCUCAGAGAGACUUUGUCCUGCUGGCCUCUGGCUAUCCUCAAGGAAAGGAUGGGCCACCUGUCGGCUUUAGAGCAUCCAGGUUCAGCCUGAGUAGCCCCUGCACGUAGAGAACUAUCAAAAGCUUACGGGCUGUCCCAUUGACCAGGGGUGUCACAGGUCCCUGUGGCUGGACUGGAAUCCCUUGUCCUGGCCCAGAAGCAUUGACCAGCAUUACCAACCUUGCUGUAGCAUCCUUUGGGCCCCUCACAUGGCUUUUCAGGCAAAGCUCUGUACUUGGGACAGUGUGAUAUUGGAGUCUGUGUGCAUGGCUGUGUCCCUGAGACAGUGUGGGAAGAGCUGUUUCCACAUGCUCUGAUCCUGUGGCUGGAUGUGUGGUGCCCCAUCCUCACUGGGCACAGCCAUGUGCAGUGUGGCUGUGCCAGGGGAAUGAUCCAGCCUGGCUGGGCAGGGAGCGUGAGCAGCGUGUGAGCUGUGUUCCAUCGAUGGCUUCUCCUGGUGCCGUCCUGAGGACAUCGAUAGCUGCUGCCCACGGGGAAGCUGGUGAUGCUGGAGCGGGUCUGGAGGGAGUGUCUGCAGAGAUAUCCACCAUCUGUGGCCUCUACCUGCUGCCAGUGCUCUGCCCAGGAUCAGACCGUGUCCUGGCAGUCUUGUGAAGGUGCAGUGCUGCCUCUGCCCACAAACAAUGGCAAGGUCAAAGGACAGAGUGCUGUUUUCCUUCUCUUCCCUGUAGUCCCCAUCUCCUGAAGCAAAGAGGCUGUAGUGGAACAGACCUGGAGGGUGGUUGUUCAGGUUUGGGCUGAUUCAAUCCUUUGGCUCUUCCUGCUGGAGUUCUUGCCUGAGUGCGUGGCUCUGACACCAUCAUAGGUCUGCCCUGCUGUGCUGCCUUCCUGUUCUGUGUGUCCCCUAAUAUGGGGACAGAAGCAGUUGGCUGUGGUGCUACUGACAGUCAUGGUAGAGGGAUCUUCCCCCAGAGUGCUCUGUGUCCUGGAGAAUCCUUGAGCCUGGUGUAGCUCCUCCUGCAUGCCUGGAUGUGGGGUGAAGAGAGUUCAAGCUGCUGGUGUCUUGCCCUGCCUGGAGCCUGAGGUCCCGUGUGCCCAUCCGCCUCCCGACGUCACCAAUGCGACCAUGGGAACUGGCAGUGAAUAGGCGGCCGCCCUCUGCCCCUUUUGCCCAGCGCCGUUUCUCGGGGGGACCCUGCAGCAGCCCUGACCACCUCCGGCGAAGCCCCUCUGCCAGGCGUCAGUGGGGACGACGCGAUCGACCUCUGGCAACCCUGCUGGGCCAGGAUGAGCCCCAGGUGCACCCUGCCUUCCCCCAGCAGCCACACGUCCCUGUAGAUGAGCCUCGCGCCUACGCUCUUCCCAGCACGCCGCCACGAAUGCUUCACCCAGCCGCUCACCCACCCCACCAGAACCCAUUCAUGGUGGAUCUGCAUGAUCAGGUGCACCAGGGACCUGUCCCUCUCUCCUACACGGUUACCACCGUAACGACGCAAGGCUUCCCCAUCCACGCUGGCCAGCACAUCCCUGGGUGCAGCACCCAGCAGCUCCCAGCAUGCUCAGUGAUGUUCAGCGGACAGCACUACCCGCUCUGCUGCCUCCCACCCCCGCUGAUUCAGGCAUGUGCCAUGCAACAACUUCCCGUCUCCUACCAGACAUUCCCCCCCAUCAUCUCCAGCGACCAUUACAUCCUACACCCACCCCCACCGCCAGUGCCCCCCCACCAGCCGCCCCACAUGGCCCCCCUGGGGCAGUUCGUACCUCUCCAAGCCCAGCAUCCACGUAUGCCUCUGCAGAGGAUAGACAAUGACGUGGACCUGCGAGGGGAGCAGCACCCCAUCGCAGGCUUCACAUACCCUCCGUCUCACCACGCUCCCACACUGUCGCCCUCCAUGCCGCUGCAUUACCUCCCCCAUGACCCGCUGCACCAAGAACUGCCAUUUGGCGUGCCAUACCCCCAUAUGAUGCCCCGGCGGCUGAACACCCAGCGGUACCGGCUGCAACAGGCACUGCCGCCACCACCACCCCCUCCGCCGCCUCCUCCGUACUAUCCGAGCUUCCUGCCCUAUUUCCUUUCUAUGCUUCCUGUGUCACCAACAGCCGUGGGGCCCACGAUCAGCUUAGACCUGGACGUGGAUGAUGUGGAGAUGGAGAAUUAUGAGGCACUGCUUAACUUGGCCGAGCGGCUGGGGGAGGCCAAGCCACGGGGACUCACCAAAGCAGACAUUGAACACCUCCCGUCCUACCGCUUCAACCCCGAGAGCCACCAGUCUGAGCAGACCCUGUGCGUCGUGUGCUUCAGCGACUUCGAGGCCCGGCAGCUUCUCCGUGUCCUGCCCUGCAACCACGAGUUCCACGCCAAGUGUGUCGACAAAUGGUUAAAGGCAAACCGCACGUGCCCGAUCUGCCGGGCGGACGCGUCGGAGGUGCAGCGGGAGGCGGACUGAGGCUGGCGGGCGCUGUGCCGCACAAUUCGCUAGAGGACAAGGACGCCGGGCUGGGGCGGGGGCUGCUGCCCGCUGCUAGGGCCUGACCCUGCGCUUACCCCCCCUCCCCAAAGCCUCUCCUCGGAUGUGGUGAGCAUUGAGCAGUCUGGGCUCCCGGCCAGCCCUCCUCCUCCCCGCCGGGGCACCGACUCAGCCGGACGCCCUGCCCGCUGCGCUCCCAGGGCCCCGAAUCGUGUUGUGCUGGAGGCGGGAGGUGCGUGGCCGUGCCCUCUGCGCUCCAAAGACGCUGUUGUUGCUCCAUCUCUUUCCAGGUCGUUGUACUCUCCUAGGGAAUUAGUGGUUUUUUCCCUUUGUCACUAUUUUUUUUUUACGAUAGUUUUUCCCCCCCUUGUUUCCUUUUCAUUUCCGUCAUGUUUUUGGUUCCUUGGCCGUUUGCCCUAGGGGCACGCAGGCGGCUCCUCCCCUCAGCGUUGCUCUCAGAGGACGCGGGGAGGAGAGAGGAGGGAGCGCUGCGGGUUUGAUGCCGGCAGCACCCCGGCCCCGGGCACAGCCGGAGAAGGAGGCUGGCGGAGUGUGGCCAAGGUGUUACACCAGCAACCCCGCGGCGUGGCUGGGGCAGAAAGGCAGGAACACAGGAAUGCCUCUGUCCCCGCUCCUGUGCACAGCCUGGCACGGACUCUCUCCUGCCUUGGCUGCCCUGAGGAGCCCCAGAGGGCUAUGGCUGCUUGGGGUGUUUCGCCAGUGUAGGAUGGUGCUGGCGCAGCCCUGGCCCCUCUCCCUGUUCAUUCCCCUGUGCCUGGCCAGCGCAGCUCCCGGGGCCCAGGCCGUGUGGCAUCCCGCAAGGCAGCCAAGCUUGAGGAGGGGACACCAACCCCAUCCCUAGGGCUUUGGGCAUGUGGUUUCCCCCGUGUGCUGCCCGGCCCCCACCUCCUGCUCGUAUCUCUGUCCCGACGACGUAAAUCAAGGUAGCCCCGUGCCCCGUCCUGCUGGCUGGACGGCGCGAUUUCCCCGGCCGUGGGCAGCGAGGGGCCGGCUGGGCUGCGGCCCCCAGAGCGGGGGGGUUUUAUUCAUAACUUCGUGGAGUAUUUUCAGUGCUACCCUGGCCUUGGCCCGGCUGGUGCGGGGGAAGCUGUGAGCGGUCCCCUUGCCACCGUAUCCCCCCUGUCCUUGCAGGCGUGGGGGGAGAAGCCGCCACACCGCCGCCCGGCUCCAUCAAUCCCGCGUGGCCGUUGUUUUGCAUGAUUAAUUAGCGAGGAGGGUGACGGGAGGCGGUGGCAGGGGUGGUGGUGAGAGCACCGCCCUCCCGGCGCGUCGCUGACGCCUGGGAGCUUCCGAGCGGACGCCAGCCCUAUGUAAAUGUUCACAAAUAUGCAUGCAUGUCUGACCAGCUUGGAACGUGGUCUUGGCUACGUCUAGCCGGCUGUGGGGUGAGGGGGGUGGGGAGAGGGGUUUUUGUGCUCAGCUGAUACUGCCAUGCACUGUACUGCACAUGUCCGCAACGCCACAGCAGGACCGUGAGACUUUCAGGGCCGUCCCCGCGGGGUCCGCGCCCGCGGCGGCGGCGUGUGCAAGGGACCGGGGUGGGAGGGGGCGGCUCCCCGC